AUGCGGAAGCUCUAUCCUCCAGGGAAGAAUGAUCUCAGUGAUGAGGACUUUAAAACAGGAUAUUCACAGAAAAUACAUGUGAAGGCUGAGAUGCUGGCAUGGAACAGCCUGGAUUAUCACGGACGCCGUAGGAGAGUAGAACUGACUAAUCAGCAGAAAAGCUAUCCCGACACCCGUGACAUCGCAGAUGCACCUCUUCCUUCCUUCCCACCUCUGCUGGGACGCCAGCAGGCCCAGCGUCGAUCGUGCAGAGCUGUCUGGCUGGGCUGGGUUCGCCCUUGCUGUCCGUCCCUGACUGUAUCCACUGGGGACCUACAGAAGAGGCCCCCGCCACCAGUCCACCGUAUUCCCCAGUCUCCCUGGGUUAAUUCCAUGGACGAGUGUCUGAACAUGGCUGAGAGCAGCCCGUCUUUAGAAGAUGAUGAGGCUUUAGCUGAUUCCCAGGAGCACCCUGGGCGCGUGGCGGUUGUCCACACGAAGCGAUAUGCAGUGGAGAAGGCUUGGGACUUACUCAUCGGAGUCUUUUCCUCAAUGUUCUUGUGUGGCCAGCACGACUCAGUGCCGACUCUGUCGGCUUCCAGGAUGCCCCGAAGCUCAAUGAUUCUGAAGGUGGUCUCUACUAAGGGCAGAGCCACGCUCCGUUUUGUUCUGGCGCAGCCCGUACUGAUUAUAUGGUCUUUCCUCACUGGCUACCUCUCGACUCAGUCUAGGAAGGAGAUACAGAUUAGUGCUCUCCAAGAGAGCAGCCAAAGCCAAAGCAAAAGAAUGCGAGCAAAGAAAAAGAAAGACCUCAUUACUUUGGGAAAAGGUGAAGGAUCUGCCAAGCAGGAGAAAGAUUCCCCAGUCACCAAGAGGCCUUCUGGUCAGGGAAAAGACUCUGAUGGCGAUGUGAGUGCCCCAUCUGCAUUUGGACGUCUGAUUGUCAACAAUGUGCUCUCUUCUUUUACACCCAGGCCGGGUCCUUUGGGUGGAGAUAUCUGUUUCAAGAACUCAGCAAAGAGCUAUAUUAAAAAAUCCCAGAUAGCCUUCAAGAGCUCAUACAAACGAAAUGCCAUUGCCAGCUCCUACAGUUCCACUCUAGCACAGUGGCCACCAGAGAGAAUUUAUGCACGUGAUACCCGAGCUGCUGCUUCAGGCGCGGCCACAGAGCUGCUGCUGCAGGUGCUACCCGAGCUGCUGCUUCAGGCGCGGCCACAGGUGCUGCUGCACGUGCACAUGCUACCGGAGGUGUUGCCCCAGAUGCUGCUGCAGGUGCUCCUAGAGCUGCUGCUGCAGAUGCUACCCGAGGUGCUGCCCCAGAUGCUGCUGCAGGUGCUCCUAGAGCUGCUGCUGCAGGUGCUACCCGAGGUGCUGCCCCAGAUGCUGCUGCAGGUGCUCCUAGAGCUGCUGCUGCAGAUGCUCCUAGAGCUGCUGCUGCAGGUGCUACCCGAGGUCCUGCCCCAGAUGCUGCUGCAGGUGCUCCUAGAGCUGAUGCUGCAGGUGCUACCCGAGGUGCUGCCCCAGAUGCUGCUGCAGGUGCUCCUAGAGCUGCUGCUGCAGGUGCUACCCGAGGUGCUGCCUCAGUUGCUGCUGCAGGUGCUACCCGAGGUGCUGCUCCUGGCGCCGUUUCAUGGGCUGCCAAAGGCGAUGCUGCACGUGCAACCCGAGGUGCUGCCUCUAGUGCUGCUACAGGUGCUGUCCCAGGUGCUGCUUCAGGUGCUGCUGCAGAUGCUGCCCCAGGUGCUGUCCCAGGUGCUGCUGCAGAUGCUGCCCCAGGUGCUGCCCCAGGUGCUGUCCCAGGUGCUGCCGCAGAUGCUGCUCCAGGUGGUGCUUCCGGUGCUGCCCCAGGCGCUGUUUCAGGGGCUGCUGCAGACGCUCUGCCGCUCCCCAGCCCAGCCUCAUCCCAGUCAAAGCGGGCUGCAAAGAAAGGCAGAGAGAAAGGCUGCUCAGCUUCAGGUGACCCUAUCCCAGGUGCUGCACCGCCACUCCCCAGCUCAACCUCGUCGCGGUCGAAGGGGGCUCCAAAGAAAGGCAGUGAGAAAGGUCCUGAAGCUUCAGGUAACCCGAAAAAAAAGGAAAAGAAAAAGAGGAAGGCCAAGAAAGCAGCUAUCACAGAUGCUCCUCAAGUCAAGCAAGGAGACCCAAGGAACGGCCUCCCUGCGCCUGAUAUCCCAAAGCCUGUGA